GCUCGAUGGAGUCAUCUCUCUCCUCUCCUCCCCAGGUUCAUCGCUGGUCUGACACUCACCCCAGCCGGGCAUGCGGGACUCCGGAGGGGACUGAAGAGCUUCUUCGUCUCUGGAGAGCUCCCUGACUGAACCUAGUCUCCAGAGCUCUCCCACAGACCCUACCAGAGCGGGCGAGGUGGGGAGGGGCCGCCAUGGCAGACACACUGGAGUUCAAUGAAAUAUAUCAGGAGGUGAAGGGGUCCAUGAAUGAUGGGCGGCUGCGGCUGAGCCGCCAGGGCGUCAUCUUCAAGAACAGCAAGACAGGCAAGGUGGACAACAUCCAGGCCUCGGAGCUAGCAGAGGGCAUCUGGCGCCGCGUGGCGCUAGGCCACGGCCUCAAGCUGCUCACUAAGAACGGGCACGUCUACAAGUACGACGGCUUCAGGGAAUCGGAGUUUGACAAGCUGUCAGAGUUCUUCAAGUCCCAUUACCGGCUGGAGCUGGCGGAGAAGGACCUGUGUGUGAAGGGCUGGAACUGGGGGACCGUGAAGUUUGGAGGCCAGCUCCUGUCCUUCGACAUCGGGGAGCAGCCCGUGUUCGAGAUCCCACUCAGCAACGUGUCCCAGUGCACCACGGGCAAGAAUGAGGUGACGCUGGAGUUCCACCAGAACGAUGACGCCGAGGUGUCGCUCAUGGAGGUGCGCUUCUACGUGCCGCCCACGCAGGAGGACGGCGUGGAUCCCGUGGAGGCUUUUGCCCAAAACGUGCUGUCCAAGGCAGACGUCAUCCAGGCGACAGGGGAUGCCAUCUGCAUAUUCCGGGAGCUGCAGUGCCUGACGCCGCGCGGCCGCUAUGACAUCCGCAUCUACCCCACCUUCCUGCACCUGCACGGCAAGACCUUCGACUACAAGAUCCCCUACACCACCGUGUUGCGCCUCUUCCUGCUGCCCCACAAGGACCAGCGCCAGAUGUUUUUUGUGAUCAGCCUGGACCCUCCGAUCAAGCAGGGCCAGACACGCUACCACUUCCUGAUCCUGCUGUUCUCCAAAGACGAGGACAUCUCCUUGACGCUCAACAUGAAUGAGGACGAGGUGGAGAAGCGCUUUGAGGGCCGACUCACCAAGAACAUGUCCGGCUCGCUCUACGAGAUGGUCAGUCGGGUCAUGAAAGCUUUGGUGAACCGCAAGAUCACCGUGCCUGGCAACUUCCAGGGGCACUCGGGAGCCCAGUGCAUCACCUGCUCCUACAAGGCCAGCUCGGGGCUGCUUUACCCACUAGAGCGUGGCUUCAUUUAUGUGCACAAGCCCCCGGUGCACAUCCGCUUCGACGAGAUCUCCUUCGUCAACUUCGCCCGCGGCACCACCACCACCCGCUCCUUCGACUUUGAGAUCGAGACCAAGCAGGGCACGCAGUACACCUUCAGCAGCAUAGAGCGGGAGGAGUAUGGGAAGCUGUUUGACUUUGUCAAUGCCAAGAAGCUGAACAUCAAGAACCGAGGCCACAAGGAGAAGAAAAAGUCUAUGACACAGAACUACGAUGAGUAUGCUGACUCCGACGAGGACCAGCAUGACGCCUACUUGGAGCGGAUGAAGGAAGAGGGCAAGAUCCGGGAGGAGAAUGCUGAGGACAGCAGCGAUGAGUCUGGGGAGGAGACUGAUGAGUCGUUUAACCCCGGGGAGGAGGACGAGGAAGUUGCAGAAGAGUUCGACAGCGAAGUCUCAGCCAGCAGCGAUGGCGGCAGCGACCGGGAGGAAAAGAGGAAGCCAGCCAAGAAAGCCAAGAUGGUCAAGGAGCGCAAGCCCCGCAAGAAGCCGUCCGAGAGUAAGAAAGGGAAGGACCCUAAUGCCCCCAAGAGGCCCAUGUCUGCCUACAUGCUGUGGCUGAAUGCCAGCCGGGAGAAGAUCAAGUCCGACCACCCCGGCAUCAGCAUCACGGACCUGUCCAAGAAGGCUGGGGAGCUGUGGAAGGGCAUGUCCAAGGAGAAGAAAGAGGAGUGGGAUCGCAAGGCAGAAGAUGCCAAGAGGGACUACGAGAAGGCCAUGAAGGAAUACAGCGAGGGGGGCAAAUCGGAGAGCUCCAGGAAGGAGAAAUCCAAGAAGAAGCAACAUCAGAGCAAAGGGAAAGCCGAGAAGAAGGCGGCUCCGUCCAAGGCUCUGUCCAAAUCUCCCGUCAAGCCGCUGGGUGAGAGCUUCAAGAGCAAGGAGUUCGUCUCCAGUGACGAGAGCUCUGGCGACAACAAGAAGGAGGACUCUGAGGAGGAGGAAAUCGCCAGCACGCCCCCCAGCUUGGAGGACUCUGCAUCUGGCUCGGAUUAGAGCUGUCCUGCCCCCUCCCUCCCUUUAGCCCUGCCCUGUUCCGGAUGGCACAGGUCAUAGGUCGCUGAGGUGAGAACUAGAUCCCCCUCCCCCUAUCCCUUCUGCCAGGGGCGGGGCUGGAAGGACGACACAGCUGCCCCAUUGACUGGACCCAGCCCUGCUUCUGGCCCUUGCUUGCCCCCUUCUCCCUCGCGGGGCUUGUGCUGAACUCUGGAGAACGACGGGGUGCUAGAAAGCAGGGGAAGGGGUGCACCUCCAAGCUGCCGGAGCCCCACUAGGCCCUAGCAGGGGGCCCUCCCAGCGUGCUGCGGGGAGCCGGCUGGGCGGGGUCUGUCCCCUGGCCUGUAGCCGGGCUCCCUCAGCAUUUUUUAUGUUCUGUUUAUUUUUGUAUUUCUCGUCUGUUCACGUGGCAAUUGGGUGGAAUAAAAACCAAGCGACUUUGG